AUGGCGACGGCUUCCACAAAUGUGGCUUCUACAAGCUCGCAAGAACCUCUCAAAAAAGUCCCCAUGAUACACGGGACCAUGGAGCAGACCACAGAACAAGAGCAUAAGACCAAAAACCACAAGAGAAUGGAGGAAAGAUUAAAGCAGUACAGAUCAUUAGGCCACACUGUUAAUUUUGUCACCUCAGAAGACAGAUGCUACCCAACCUCUGCAAUAACUUUCACAGAAGAUGACUCGCGGGCAGUACACCUACCCCAUGACGACCCUCUAGUCAUCACGCUACAGGUUGACCAUUGCCAAUUGGGAAGAGUUUUAGUCGACGGGGGCAGCAGCAUUGAUGUUCUCUUCUGGGAAGCCUUCCAAAAGAUGGGUCUCGAAGAGAGUCAAAUCAGACCCUCUGUUACACCAAUCCUAGGAUUCAACAAUCAAAGAGUGUACCCGAAGGGCGCAAUCAGGCUAAAUGUAGUCGUUGCAGAACGCACUUUGCCAGUAGACUUCCUUAUAGUGGGCUCCAUCACAAGCUACAACGUUAUCAUGGGGAGAAAUUGGAUCUACAGAAUGCAAGGCGUGGUCUCCACCUUACAUCAAGUUAUGCGAUGUCAAUCACCCGACGGACGCUACACCAUCGACAUAAAAGGAUGCCAGAGGCAGGCAAAGAAAUGCUACCUGACCCUGAAGGAGAUAAAUGAAAUCAACACCUCUUCCCCUGGCGACGACCUCACCAAAUAG